AUGGUGGAUUCUUCAGAAUUUGGAAUCAUGGAGGAAAGAGAGGAGGUUAUGGUUUCAUCUGUUGAUGAAGAAGUAAAACCCAUUUUUAGAGUAGCUCAUUUUCUUAAACCAACAGCCAAAAAACUCCCUUUUCUCCCUUCAAGACUCAAAAUUUCUUGUUCAUCACUAAAAGUUCAGUUUAGGGGUGGUUUUUCAUAUAUGAAGGGAUGGUCUAAAUGGGUUAAUGAGUUAAAGCCUUUACACCAAGAGAUAUGGAAGAAAGCUGGAAUCUUUGAAGCAGCUAUUACUUUGGAAGAUAUGGUGGUUUUAGGUGGUUUCUCUGUUUUAGGACACUCUGUGUUGAAACCUGUUAAGACCAAAGAUUCUGUUGACAUUGAAAAAGCUCUUUGUGAGGUUCAUAAAUAUAUUAGAGCGCGUAAAACGAAUGUUGGUUACCAUGCUUGGAUGGAGCAUUUUGCUGGAAGAGGUGACCAUUUGGAGCAUGUUGCAUUUUUGACCCUUUGGUUGUCAAGGUAUGUGCUUCCUGCUAGAAGUUGUCUGUUUGUGGACAGAGCUCUUUUCCCUAUUGCAAUUUAUCUUUCUCAAGGAAUUCCAAUAGCACUUGCCCCUGCUGUUUUAGCUAGUAUUUAUAGAGAUAUGAGCUUGCUUAAACAGUUGAUUGUAUCUUCAGCUAAGAACCAUGCGCCAAGUGAUUCUAGAUGUAUAGAAGAUGAGUUGAAUCCGAACCUUCGGGCUCCUUUUCAGUUUGUUCAGCUAUGGGCUUGGGAGAGAUUUACAAAUUUGCAGCCUAAGCCUAGUAGUAUCAUUUACUCUGGGGAGCCAAGAGUAGCUAGAUGGCAUAAGGUGAAAAAACUAAAUCAUGUGGAUCCUAGGAGUGGAAUAGAUUCCGCUGCUGAAUGUUUUCUGUGGCGUCCUUAUGCUGUUGAUAUUGUGAAGAAUUGGGAUAUCAGCAGAUUUUACAAGGAGAGGGAUGAAUAUGUGGUGGUUGGACCAAAUAUGGGAAGAGAAAUCAUGGCUUUUGCUCGACUUGUUCGAGCUUCUGAACUAGUUGGAAUGGAUUGUGUUGAACAGUAUAAUCCACAUAGAGUAUCAAUGCAAUUUGGUUAUGAUCAAGAUGUGCCCGGUUGUGUGAAUCAUGCUAGUGAUCAUAUCCCGAAAAUUGCUUGGACUAAUUAUAACAGACCAAUUAAAGAUGUCAAGCUCUAUAUACCUUCUAGGUUCAUCGAGUCAGAUGUCAGCAGACGAUACUUGGAAUGGUGGAAGAACCAAAAUGUUGCACCUGAGGUUGCAGUUCAGCACGAAAAGAUGAAUGCCAUUGUAUGUUGUGGUUUUUUGCAGAAAUGUGAAAUGAUAGUUGUAGAAUCAUCAUCAGAUGAUGACGAUAAUAUUCCAAUUUCUGUAUCUUUACGCAAGAGGAAACUCAUGAAGAAAGAAAUUACUGUACCUGGUAAUAAUCAAGAACUCUUCCUUAACAUGCAAAGUCAAUCUUCUUCACCUUCGAAUGAUGGGACUGCCAAAGCAAGGGAGACUCUAGUGGAAUCGAAACCAAUAAGCGCCAAAUUUGAGGCUUCAAAUGGGAAAUCGGAUGAAGAUGGAGAUGGGCCAUAUGUAGUUAAGGAAAUGGUGCCACAAGAGAGCAAGAAUAACAAUGACAAAGGUGGCCGCAAGUUCAACUUGCCUGAUGGUAUUGAACUUGCAAGUGACGGCCCAAAUGCAGGACUUUUGAGUACUAAUCCUGCUAAAACAUUGCAAAUGAGCGAAGCUUCAGUGGUAACACCGAAGGUAACAGCAACGAGUACCAACAUAACUGAAGGAAAUAUGGCGAUGGGAAACAUUAACAACCAUGAGAAAGGGAGCAGUAGAUUUGAAAUGAACGAUAUUCUGAAACUUGAGAUGAGGAUUAGAAACCUUGAAAACAUCAAUGCUGGAAAGGUUCCAAUAUUCAGGACAAAGUGAAAACAAGAUUAAGCUAAACUAUAGUGCUAAUACUUCUCUUACUAAGUCUUUGUUUAGUUCAUGAAGUUAUAUUUUCUUCUAUAUUGCCUAGUACUCAGAGAUACUCAGACAGUGCUACUAGCUCGUUCUU